GUCUCGAAAGGAAGAAGAAGCGUUUAAGCAACUCCCUCUCUCUCUCUCUCUCUAGAUUCUGCCAGAAUCUCCUAAAUACUUGGAGAAGAAUGACUGAGCAUCCCACGAAAGCCAUCGCAACUGUUAUGACACUUCUCUGCUGAAUUUAAAGAUUUGGUUCAUGUUUGCAGAAUAUAUUUAGUGGAUAUGGAAACACUCUCAUACAGUUCUGCACCGUGCUGUGAUGCUGUAAAUUUAAGGGGAAAAUUAGUAGAGAAAAGCUCAAAUUUACGUCGAUUCGGGCUCCCAGAUGUUAGUAAAAAAGGAGUUAGUGGUGUUCAAUUUGAUCCCAGAAGCGAGCUUUUGAGGUGUUACAGUUUAGAUCGGUCUUUCUUGAAGCAACUAAGAUACCGGGGAGGUUUUAGGUCAUUGAACACCAGUGAAAACUUCAAGCAUGUUGGUCCGGUUUUAUCAAGUGGAAGCUCGAAUGGCUAUGUAAUUGGCGCGGAUGAGGAUGCAAAUGUUUCAGAAACGGCGGAAUCCGUUACUAAGGUUUUGAUUCCUGGUCUACCGGAUGAAUCCAAAGGCGAAUUUGGUGCCCCAGUGAGUAGUUGUUUUUGGGAAUGGAAGCCCAAGUUCAAUGUGCAUUACGAGAAAGCCGGAUGUGAGAACUUGGGAUCCCCUCCGGUGCUGUUUCUUCCUGGUUUUGGGGUUGGCUCUUUUCACUACGAGAAGCAACUGAAAGAUUUGGGGCGUGAUUUUAGAGUGUGGGCAAUUGAUUUCCUCGGGCAGGGUAGGUCAUUGCCUUUUGAGGACCCUGCCCCUCGUAAGAGCGAAGAAGGUAUGUCCGACGGCCAAGAUUUAGCGUGGGGUUUUGGAGAAAAACCCGAACCAUGGGCAAGCGAGCUUGUCUACUCUAUUGACUUAUGGCAGGAUCAAGUUCGUUACUUCAUAGAAGAGGUAAUCGGUGAACCUGUCUAUAUUGCGGGGAACUCGCUAGGAGGAUUUGUUGCUUUGUAUUUUGCUGCAUGUAACCCUCAUUUGGUGAAAGGUGUUACCUUGCUGAAUGCAACUCCUUUCUGGGGAUUUUUACCUAAUCCCGUAAGAUCUCCAAGACUAGCAAAAAUAUUCCCGUCUGCAGGAUCAUUUCCUUUACCUGCCAGUGUGAGAAAGAUCACAGAAAUACUUUGGCAAAAAAUAAGUGAUCCUCAGAGUAUUGCAGAGGUACUCAAACAAGUUUAUGCAGAUCAUUCAACAAACAUUGACAAAGUAUUUUCCCGUAUACUUGAGACGUCAGAGCAUCCAGCCGCUGCUGCAUCAUUGGCCUCGAUUAUGCUUGCUCCUCAAGGAAGAUUAUCCUUUAAGGAGGCUUUGGCCAGAUGUCAAAUGAACAACAUACCAAUCUGUCUUAUGUAUGGAAAAGAAGAUCCAUGGGUGAAACCUAUUUGGGGCCUUCAGGUGAAGCAACAGGUGCCUGAAGCUCCAUAUUACGAGAUCAGUCCCGCUGGUCACUGCCCUCAUGAUGAAGUUCCGGAGGUUGUGAAUUACUUGUUACGCGGGUGGAUCAAAAACCUAGAGACUGAGGGUUCAGUUGCAUUACCUUUGCUUGAUGCCCCUGAAGGUAUGCCGAACAACCUUGCCAAGGACUUGGAAUUUCUCAGAGAUGGAUCGGAAAAGUCAGUAAACGUGCGGUUCUUCGCAUCCAGGUUCUCACUUUGGGACAUGAUAAGUUCUUAUAUCAGAUUCAUGAACCUGCAACGAAGAUAAUGUAGAUAUAGAAAUCCGACAAAUAUAUUCUUUUGUUAAUAUACAUAUUCCACGUAUAUAAAGUUGUCAUAUGUUUUACUUGUC